CCCGGUGCAUCAGAGAAGCAUCUCUGGUUGGCUGGGGCUGCUCCCCAAUUACCCCUGGGUGCUUGGGCACAGGGCCCUCUCGGUAUGAAUCCAGCUGACGGGCUCAAGCGUGAGAACAAAGAGACGAAUCCCUGGCAGGGAGGUCCGGAGCAUGCGGAACCACACGGGGCAUUCUCGGGAAGAUCCGAAGGGAUUGUUUCUGAGGGGGAGAAAGCCAUGGAGAGUCGGCGCAGGUCAGGGAGGCAGCACCAAGCGAAGCAAGAGGAUAAACCCGCCUGCCAUCAGAGAGUUCCCAAGGGACCCCAAGACAGCAACGUGGUCACCGCUGAGAAACCCUAUAAAUGCAGCGUUUGCGGCAGGAGCUUCUCUCAAAGCUCCAACCUCCUGACGCACCAGAGGCUGCACACGGGUGAGAGACCCUACAAAUGCACCAGCUGUGGGAAAAGCUUCAACACCAGCUCGGCCCUCAUCGUGCACCGCCGGACCCACACCGGGGAGAAAUCCUACCGCUGCCCCGACUGCGGGCGGAGCUUCAGCGAGGGCUCGGUGCUGAUCAAGCACUGGCGGACUCACACGGGUGAGAAGCCCUACAAGUGCUCCCACUGCGGGAAAGGCUUCAGCCAGAGCUCCAACCUACACGCCCACCAGCGGGUCCACACCGGAGAGCGGCCCUACCACUGCACCGACUGCGGGAAACACUUCAGCACCAGCUCCAACCUCAGUGCCCACCAGCGGGUCCACACUGGGGAGCGACCCUACAAAUGCCCUGAGUGCGGGCGGAGCUUCAGCCAGCAAUCCAACCUGAUCUCCCACCAGAGGACCCACCUGGAGGAGAAAUCCCACCUGUGCCCCGAUUGCGGAGAAGGCUUCGGCACCAGUGCCCAGCUCCUGACCCAUCGGAGGAGCCACGCCGGCGACAGGCCUUAUAAAUGUCCAGACUGUGAGAAAAGCUUCCCCAGCCGCUCUGCCCUGAUCACCCAUCAGAGGACCCACACGGGAGAGAAACCCUACGAAUGUCCCGAUUGCCAGAGGGGCUUCACCCGGCGCUCAGACCUCAAUAAGCACCGUCGGGUCCACACGGGGGAGAGACCCUUUAGGUGUGCCAGCUGUGGGAAAAGCUUCAGCCAGAGCUCCCACCUGAUUACCCAUAAGAGACUCCAUGAGGAGGCAAAGCCCUUUAAAGGCAGCGUGAGAACCACGCCCACGGUCCUCCAGGAAGAUGAUCCCGGUAAAGAUACCCAGAGCCGGGGAAAUGUCAGCCAGAGCUCGGCAGAGACCAGCGAUGGGGAAUCCCACCCAGCAGGGAAGCCCCAUCAAUGCCCCGACUGUGGGGAAAGGUUCAACACCAGCUCCGAGCUCAAUGUGCAUCGGCGAAUGCACCAAGAGGAGAAAUCUCGUCCACGUGCUAACACUGUGCAAAGGUUGAGUGGCUCCAAUCACAAUGCACGAGAGGGAGCUGACCCAGAGGAGGAAGCUGAUCUGGGGAAAAGAUUGAAGGUGAGCCCAGCAUCCCCAAAUACACAUCCCAAAACCCCGCUGGAGGAGGAGUUCUCUUCAUGCAUUAGCACUGAGCAGAGCCCUCAACCCACCAGCUCCAAAGUCAGUGCAUGUCAGAGAGCCCUCUCAGAGGGGGAAUCCCUUCCAUGCACUGGUACGGAGCAGAGCCCAGUGCCGGCUGCCUGCCGAGCAGAGCCAAGGGGCCGCAAGGCGCGCUGUGAUCCAAGCUCGGCCCCUCUGCACCAUCCGGCGGCAAAGCCCUUCAGGUGCUCCGAAUGCGGGAAGAGCUUCAGCCAGAGCUCCAACCUGAUCAAACACCAGCGGACCCACACGGGGGAGCGCCCCUACACCUGCACUGUCUGCAAGCGAAAUUUCAACACCAGCUCGACGCUGAUCGUACACCGCCGGACCCACACCGGGGAAAAAUCCUACCGGUGCCCCGACUGCGGGCGCAGCUUCCGGGACAGCUCAGUGCUGAUCAAACACCAGAGGAUCCACACAGGAGAGAAACCCUACAAAUGCUCCCAGUGCGGGAAGGACUUUGCCCAGAGCUCCAAUCUUCAUGCCCACCAGAGGACACACACCGGGGAGCGGCCAUACCACUGCCCCGACUGUGGGCGGGGCUUCAGCCAGCGCUCCAACCUCAUCACCCACCAGAGGACCCACACAGAGGAGAAAUCCUACCUCUGUCCCGACUGCGGGGUUGGCUUUGGUUCCCGCCCGGCCCUGGCAACCCAUCAGAGGGCCCAUGCGGAGGGCAGGCUCCACCAGUGCUCCGACUGCCAGAGGAGCUUUGCCCGGCGCUCGGACCUCGUUAAGCACUGGCGGACCCACACGGGAGAGAGACCCUACCUGUGCCCCCAGUGCGGGAGAAGCUUCAGCCAGAGCUCCCACCUGGUGGUCCAUCAGCGAUCGCACCUGCCGGAGAAGCCUUACAAAUGCACUGACUGUGGGAAAAGCUUCAGCACCAGUUCUCACCUCCUUGCCCACCAAGGGACCCACACGGCAUAGCCACUUGGCACUGGGCUUUAAAAAUUCCAAUCUCCGUGUCUGCAUGUACCAUUGCUGCUCAGAAAACCUAUUGGAACCAACCUGGAGACUUCUGGAGCUAAAAGCAUGAACUGGUAUGGCCUGAUCUAAAGGCGAAAAGGAGGCUGCAUUUGAGAGUACAGUUUUAUUUAUAAAAGUUUUAAUAAACAAUUAAUAGCUGUUAGAAGCAUGUUACAGACGUGAUUAGUAUGUGCUAUAGGUGCAUCAGUUGAAGGUUAUAAGCAUGUCCAUAGGAGUCAGUAUCGAUGGUUAUAAGCAAUCUAUUGAUCUGUCGACCUGUCUAAAUGGGGAGGAGGGGGGUCGCAUACUUCUUUGCUUCUGUAGGCUGAGUUUAUUACACAUACCGGAGGCCUCUUGCAUCCCUCCAGUCCACCCUCCUUUCCCCUCUAUUUCAGCGAUUCCCUGUAACUUUCCUCCCUUCCUUGGUUAGUCUUCGUUCUGUCUGGGAGAUGAGCCAUUCGGUAGCAACAUGUUAAAGUCCAUUGGGAGGAGGAGCAGGGAUGUUGUUAUGCUGAAAAGUGCUAGGGGGUGCAAUCAACCUGUUGUUUGAGCUACAGACAUUUACAGAGGUGCUUGAAGCUGUGGCUAGGCGAAUCAGAUGGAUGGGGCUCCCAGUGUCCCUUAUUUUUCCCCUUCUUGUUUCCUGAUUUUGUUCCCCCAAAAUUAAUAGGCUUGUGACCAUUGACAUCUAGAACAUUCCCAUAUAUGUUGGAAUUGAUCAGAUGCGGUGUUCUGACAGUACCACGUUACGAAAGAUAAACGGAGAAAUGUAGUUGAGUGUCAGGCUUUUGAACGCCCAGCCAAAGAUUGAAUGACCAUUUCUUGAAAUGCUCUGUUAAUCCUUUAUUAACCUGUAAUAAAU